AUGCGGUUUUCGCUGCUCCUCGCAGGGCUCGCCAUUUCGGCGAGUGCUUAUGCCCAUGGAGAUGUGGACAAAAGAAGUUCCUUCAAGGCAAAGUGCGAGUCCUUUGCACACACAAUUAAGGUUGCAGAUGCCACAAUUCAUAGCGUGACCCAUAUACCGGUCGGAACGAACAUCUCCAUGUCCAAUGUUCCUGCCGUCUGCGGUUCAAACGCGGAUAGCACAAGCAGCACAUUCGAAUUCUGCCGAAUCGAGCUCAAUGUCACGACUUCGCAAAAAAGUCAGAUCUUCAUGGAGGCGUGGCUGCCUAGCAACUACUCUGGUCGAUUUUUGAGUACAGGAAAUGGAGGCCUCGGUGGCUGCAUUCAAUACUCUGACAUGGUCUACGCCGCGCAAUACGGAUUCGCUACUGUGGGCACCAACAAUGGCCAUUUCGGCGAUACCGGUGUCUACUUCUACCACAACACUGAAGUUCUCCAGGAUUAUGCUUACCGUGCUAUCCACACCGGAGUUGUUGUUGGAAAGAAACUCACUAAACAAUUCUACACCCAGGGUUAUGAUAAAUCAUACUAUCUGGGCUGCUCGACUGGCGGCCGUGAGGGCUGGAAGUCUAUUCAGAAGUUCCCCAAUGACUUUGAUGGCGUGGUGGCUGGUUCACCAGCAUUCAACCUGAUCAAUCUUAUCAACUGGGGUGCUCGAUUCUUCCCGACCACCGGCGAUUCCAGCGCAGCCACCUUCGUGACGGACGCUCAGUGGAUUACCAUUCACAAUGAGAUUCUCCGACAGUGUGAUGAUCUGGAUGGUGCCGCAGAUGGUAUCAUCGAGGAUCCUGAUCUUUGCCAGCCUGUUUUUGAGACAUUGCUAUGCAACUCGACCGCAAAUGCUGGCUCCAGCUCGUGUCUUACGGGUACACAGUUGAAGACCGUCAAUACUAUUUUCAGUCCUCUAUACGGCAACGAUGACACCCUUCUGUACCCUCGGAUGCAACCUGGAUCGGAGCUGACGGCGGCGUACGUUUACUAUAACGGCAAGCCAUUCAACUACGCGGAGGAUUGGUUCCGCUAUGUCGUUUACAGCAAUCCCGCUUGGGACCCUGCAUCCUGGACUGUGAAUGACGCUGUUAUCGCGAAUAAGCAAGAUCCAUAUGAGGUCUCGACUUUCCAAGGCGACCUCUCUGCCUUCCAGAAGAAGGGCAAGGUCCUUCAUUAUCACGGCAUGGAGGACCCGAUCAUCUCGUCUGACAGCUCGAAGAUGUACUACAAGCACGUUGCUGAUACCAUGAACCUCAGUCCAUCGGAGCUGGAUGACUUUUACCGCUUCUUCACAAUCAGUGGAAUGGGUCACUGUGGGACCGGUGAUGGUGCCGGGUCAAUUGGUCAAGGUGUAGGUACAUUUGCAGGAAAUGAUCCAGAGGACAACGUUCUCCUUGCGAUGGUGCAAUGGGUAGAAAAGGGUAUCGCACCAGAAUUUGUACGUGGUACCAAGUUCAACGGUACAGAGGUGGAAUAUCGUCGCAAGCACUGCAAAUACCCGAAGCGCAACAAGUACGUUGGUCCAGGCAGUUACGAGGAUGAAAAUGCUUGGAAGUGUGUUUGA